CCCAAAGUGCUAGGAUUACAGGCAUGAGCCACCGCACGCGGCCUGUUUCUCUUUUUAUAGUUUCUAUUUCUCUGCUGUCAACUCUUAUAUUCCCCUUUGUUUCCUGGAGCAUAGUUAUAAUAACUAUUUAAUACUUCUAAAAAUAGUUGUCUGAUCAUUUCAAACCUUGGGUCAUCUGGCCAUUGGCAUCGGUUGUCUUUUUUGCUGACAGUUGGCCACAUUUUCCUGGUUCUUUGAGGAAUAAUUUUGGACUUUAUUCUGGACAUUUUGAAUAUAGACUUUUUAGAUGGUAGAAGACUUUUUAAGGUCUUUUAAAACAUAGAUUAUGCUGUAUAGACUUUGAGCACUAUUCCAAGUCCUCUGGAGAAUGUUGGUUUUGUUGUUUUGUUUUGUUUUGUUUUUGUUUUAGCAGGCUAUCCACCUGGUUAGGUUCAGUGGUUCUAGCAUUAAGCCUUCACUCACUAUGCUGCUUGGGGCCUGGCCCAUGUGUGGGAGUUAUUCUGAGACUUUGGGCCAGAGGAUGUUGAAAUUGUAGCUCAGAUCUCAAAUGCAUAACUCAUGGGUGAGCCCAAACAGUGAAGGUUCAUACACAGAAUGGGAGGAAUCUCCUUCUCCAGCUGAUUUCUCUCUGGGAUUCCCCCCUGCCAGUAUCCUGGGACACUGUCUAGCUCGCAGGAAUUCCUUUUCCUAGUCCUCUAGUGAGAAAGCUGGGAUUUCUCUCCAUUGUAGCUGCCUAUACCACACCUGCUGCAGUACAGCUGUGACGGGGGCCCAACCCUGGACAAAACUUUGAGAGAAGAGGGGGCAAUGAGAAAGUCACCCCUACACAGAGUGCCUCCCCACAUUUUGACUGCUCUACCCAAUCCAUCUACUUUUGUUUACUUUUUAUUAUUUAUGUUUUUUAUAUCGUACUUUGUCCAGUUUUUUGUUUUUGUUAUAAGUUAGCAGGAGAGAGAGGCUGUGGUGGGCUUAUCCCAUCUUGGAUGACCCAAAAGUCCUAAAUCACUACCUGUAUUAAUUUUCUGUGCUGUGUAACAAAUCACCACAAACUUGGUUGCUUAAGGCAAUACACAUUUAUUAUUUUACAAAUUCUGUGGGUCAGAAUUUGGGCUUAGCUGGAUCCUCUGCAAGGCUAUAGUCAAGGCAAGGGCUGGGUUUUCAUCUGGACACUGCUGGGGAAGGGAUGGUGUCUAAGCUCCCUCAGGCUGCUGGCAGAAUUCAGUUCCUUGCAGCCGUAGGAUUCACGACAGCUUGGUUCUUCAAAGCCAGCAACCGAGCGGGAGACUCUAAAGCCAAUCUGAUAGAAAGGUGGAGUUUUGUAUAAGACGCAAGGAAGCAGCGUACACCUGUGCCAUGUUCUAAUGGUUAGAAGCAAGUCAUGGGUCCCUUUCAUACUCUAGGGGAGGGGAUUAUGCAAACGUAUGAACAUCAGACCUCAGAGUCUAUCAACCACAUUACACUUUGAUCCUCACAAAAAGCUCUUCCCUACCCCAUCUGGUCCUGAUGGUCAAAGCCAUCUGGUACAUAAUUCCCUUUUCCACCCCAAGUCCUGGUGUCAUGUUGAAUGACUUAAGCUUUUUAUAAGCAAUCCAUCCAGUACUCAGGCCUACAGGCUUUUGAGCUCCUAUGUGCUAGUGACUUUAUUUUACUUUAGAAUCCAGUCCUUGUGACUCUAAAUCCCAAGCAUACUCUCUGUUACUCUCUUUCUUCCCUUAAUAUAUCACAUAUUAUGUAUGAUUCAAGCUUUGCCUUCUCUCUCUUGUUAGACUAUAUGUUCCUCGAGGUCUAAGACUAUUUUAUGUCUUCUCAUAUUGCCCACAAAGGUCUUGUGAAUAUUUCUUGCACAUAGCAGGUAUUCCAACACAUGUUGAAUAAAUUAAGAACCUUAACUAUUUCUAUGACAACUGGACAGGAUACUCCUUCCUUCCUCUUCCCCUUUUUAAUUUUGUCUGAUAAUGUUUUACCAGCCCUUCUGAAUAUAAACACUACAAGGAAAUUCUAAUUGAAUUAGCCAGACUUCCUAAAUAAUGGCAUAUAAGACAUAUACCCACACUCUCUCACAAAAUAAAUUUGUGGUUAUUUUAAUGAUAUGACAUUUGUCUAACCAGUGUAACUUCACGGUAUAAGCUCUGGUGUAUCCUGUAGGUAAAACUAAGUUAGGAUGAGAAAGAUUUACAAUUUCUGAUAACUAAACCUAAAAAAAAAAAAAAAAAAAAAAAAUUAAGUCCCUACCCUCUUAAUUUGGGUACAAAUGUAGGAAGUAAUCAACUGAUAAAAAGAUUGGAGAUUUGUAACAUUUCCAUUCAGAAUAGUUGUGCAUGGAUUGGAGUACCUGGAUUCCCAGGCUAACUACAUAAUUUAAUCUUUUAAAUCGACGUUUCUCUGGGAAGAUGUGCAAUAACUAGAAACACUGAGAUGAUACCCUUGGAGGCCCACUGAUGAGGAAUCUCCUCCCACCCCAUCCUUCUUCUAGCUCCUUCCAAAUAUGAAUGUUGCUGCCUUCUCCACCCAAAGCCUCCUAAUCCAGUGAUUGUAAAACUCUUUGAGAAUAAAAGAAACAUAUUGAAAACCCAGAUUAUUAAAAAGCUUUCUCUCUAAUAAAACUCAGUAUAGAGGGCCCACUGUAGUAUGCCUUACCAUAUGAGGCAUAGGUAGUUUAUGUCCACUUUGACCCUUCAGACUUGCUCUGGGCUCAGCAGUUACACGCAUAUCAGAUUUCCUCCUUACCUAGUUCCCAUGCUACUGAAAUAUAAGCCGUGUCGCCAGUUGAAGGGAUGCUAUUCUCUUUAGCAGAGCUGCAUAGGAAGCUGGAGUUCUUUGCAGUGGCGAUAAACUGAAAAUGAAGUGAAUGCAAACGAAUAGAGGAAUGACUGAAUACCAUAUGAUGACAUUCACUCCACGGGAGAAAGAGCAAGAAACACAAGAAGAGGAACGUUUGAUGGAAGAAAAGAAAAAGAAAAAGCAGGAAGAAAAGAAAAAGAAGGAAGGUGCUCAGAAAAAGGCUGCUGAUCAAAAAACCAAAGUGCCAGAACCUACUAAGACCUGUUCAAGCCAGCCCCAACCUGCCGGUACCAGUCCUUCCACCAGCACUAUCUCCAGCAGCAGCAAUGGCAAGCGUGCAUCUGCCAGUGGCCAGCAGCCAGCUGCAUCCCGUUACCUGCCUCGCGAGGUGCCUCCACGCUUCCGCCAGCAAGAGCAGAAGCAGCUAUUGAAGAGAGGUCAGCCAUUGCCUACGGGGACUCUAACCAGUGUGAGCCCAGCCCAGGGUGCCGGGCCUGCAGGGGUAAGCCCUCCUCCCCUGCCUGGAGCCGGAACACAGCAUCAUCCCAGUAAACUCCAACCAGAUCUCAGUCACAGUGGAUUGGCAGAUCAUUAUGAAAAUUCCCACUGGGGACAGCAGCCCACUUACAGAAGUGAAGCCAACUGCAGCUGGGAUAAAGUGAUAAUAGACAGGACUGACAAGGAGGCGUGGCCUUCCAUCACAGGAGCAGAGACGGAAUCUGCCUCAGAAUGUACCACGGACACUGACUCUGCCUCCAACUGUGGCUCAGAGAACAGUAGCAUGGCUACGGGGAGUGCCCAGGGCAACUUCACUGGACACACCACGAAGACAAAUGGCAAUAAUGGCACCAAUGGCGCACUCGUCCAAAGCCCUUCCAACCAGAGUGCCCUUGGGGUGGGCGGAGCAAACAGUAACGGGGGUGCGGCCAGAGUGUGGGGUGUAGCCACAGGCUCCGGCUCUGGCCUGGCUCACUGCUCUGUCAGUGGUGGGGAUGGAAAAAUGGACAACAUGAUUGGAGAUGGGAGAAGUCAGAACUGCUGGGGUGCUUCCAACUCCAAUGCUGGCAUUAAUCUUAACCUUAACCCUAAUGCCAACCCAGCUGCCUGGCCUGUACUGGGACACGAAGGAACUGUGGCGACAGGCAACCCUUCCAGUAUUUGCAGUCCAGUCAGUGCCAUAGGUCAAAACAUGGGCAACCAGAAUGGGAACCCAGCAGGCACUUUAGGUGCUUGGGGAAACUUGCUGCCGCAAGAGAGCACAGAACCACAAACGUCCACUUCUCAGAAUGUGUCUUUCAGCGUACAACCUCAGAACCUUAACACUGAUGGACCAAAUAACACUAACCCCAUGAACUCUUCACCAAACCCUAUCAAUGCAAUGCAGACGAACGGACUGCCAAACUGGGGCAUGGCUGUUGGCAUGGGGGCCAUCAUCCCGCCCCACCUGCAAGGCCUUCCUGGUGCUAAUGGAUCAUCAGUCUCUCAAGUCAGUGGGGGUGGUGGUGAAGGAAUAAGCAAUUCUGUGUGGGGACUGUCCCCAGGUAACCCUGCCACAGGAAAUAGCAGUUCUGGGUUCAGUCAGGGGAAUGGAGACACUGUGAACUCAGCAUUAAGUGCUAAACAAAAUGGAUCCAGCAGUGCUGUGCAGAAGGAAGGAAACGGAGGAAACGCUUGGGAUUCAGGCCCACCUACUGGUCCUGGAAUACUUGCGUGGGGAAGGGGCAAUGGCAACAGUGGCGUUGGUAAUAUCCAUUCAGGAGCAUGGGGCCACCCCAGCCGGAGCACCUCCAAUGGUGUGAAUGGGGAGUGGGGAAAGCCCCCAAACCAGCAUUCCAGUAGUGACAUCGGUGGGAAAGGAUCGACAGGGUGGGAGAGUCCCAGUGUCACCAGCCAGAACCCUACCGUGCAGCCUGGCAGUGAACACUUGAACUCUUGGGCCAAAGCUGCAUCUUCUGGAACUACAGCAAGUGAAGGAAGCAGCGAUGGCUCUGGCAGUCACAGUGAAGGAAGCACUGGGCGGGAAGGAACCGGAGAAGGCCGAAGGCGGGACAAAGGGACUAUAGACCAAGGGCACAUCCAAUUGCCAAGGAAUGAUCUCGACCCGAGAGUUCUGUCUAAUACUGGUUGGGGACAGACUCCUGUAAAGCAAAACACUGCCUGGGAAUUUGAAGAAUCCCCUAGGUCUGAAAGGAAAAAUGACAAUGGGACAGAGGCCUGGGGUUGCGCAGCUACUCAGCCUUCAAACUCAGGGGGGAAGAACGAUGGGUCCAUCAUGAACAGUACAAAUACCUCUUCAGUAUCUGGGUGGGUCAGCUCGCCACCUGCCGCUGUGCCAGCAAACACAGGCUGGGGAGACAGCAACAGCAAAGCGCCGAGUGGGCCAGGGGUGUGGGGAGACUCGAUAAGCUCUACUGCUGUUAACAAUGCUGCUGCCACCAAGAGUGGCCAUGCUUGGAGUGGGACCGCAAAUCAGGAGGACAAGUCACCCACCUGGGGUGAGCCUCAAAAACCCAAAUCCCAAAACUGGGGAGAUGGACAGAGAUCAAAUCCAGCCUGGGGUGCAGGAGGGGGCGAUUGGGCAGAUUCCUCAUCUGUCCUCGGACACUUGGGGGAUGGAAAAAAAAAUGGAUCUGGGUGGGAUGCAGACAGCAACAGGUCAGGGUCUGGUUGGAAUGAUGCUGCGAGGUCUGGGACCAGUGGCUGGGGCAAUGGCACAAAUGCAAAGGUCAAUCCAGGCACAAACUGGGGGGAGUCUUUAAAACCAGGUCCCCAACAGAACUGGGUUAACAAACCCCAUGACAACAAUGUGAGUAACUGGGGAGGAGCUGCUUCUGUGAAACAGACAGGAGCAGGGUGGGCUGGGGGGCCAGCACCUCUCAAACAGAAGGACUGCAGCGAGGCGACUGGCUGGGAGGAACCCUCUCCACCAUCCAUCCGACGCAAAAUGGAAAUCGAUGAUGGUACCUCAGCUUGGGGGGACCCAAGCAACUAUAACAAUAAAACUGUCAACAUGUGGGAUAGAAACAACCCGGUCAUCCAGAGCAGUACCACGACCAAUACCACCGCCGCCGCCGCCGUGAGCAACACCACACACAGGGUAGAGACGCCGCCCCCGCACCAGGCCAGUGCGCAGCUGAAUCGGUCACCGUUGCUCGGUCCAGGUAUGAAAGUUUCCUCAGGCUGGGGAGAAAUGCCUAAUGUUCACUCAAAGGCUGAAAACUCUUGGGGAGAACCAUCCUCCCCUUCUACCCUGGUUGACAAUGGCACAGCAGCGUGGGGGAAGCCACCCAGCAGUGGUAGCGGAUGGGGAGAUCGCCCCGCAGAACCUGCCGUGGCGUUCGGAAGGGCUGGCGCACCCGCUGCUGCUCCAGCCCUGUGCAAACCAGCUUCAAAAUCUAUGCAAGAAGGCUGGGGCAGUGGUGGGGAUGACAUGAAUCUCGGUACCAGCCAGUGGGAGGAUGAAGAAGGAGACAUGUGGAAUAAUGCUGCUUCCCAAGAAAGUACCUCUUCCUGCAGCUCCUGGGGGAAUGCUCCCAAAAAAGGACUUCAGAAGGGCAUGAAGACAUCUGGCAAGCAGGACGAGGCCUGGAUCAUGAGCCGGCUGAUCAAACAACUCACAGACAUGGGCUUCCCGAGAGAGCCAGCUGAAGAGGCCUUGAAGAGCAACAACAUGAACCUUGAUCAGGCCAUGAGCGCUCUGCUGGAAAAGAAGGUGGACGUGGACAAGCGCGGCCUGGGAGCGACAGACUACAAUGGAAUGGUCACCAAACCCCUCGGCUGCCGCCCACCGAUCUCCAAAGAGUCUUCCAUGGACCGCCCCACCUUUCUUGACAAGGAUGGCGGCCUCGUGGAAGAGCCCACGGCUUCACCGUUUCUGCCUUCCCCAAGCCUGAAGCUCCCCCUUUCAAACAGCGCACUCCCCAAUCAGGCCCUGGGUGCGAUUGCCUCAGGGCUGGGCAUGCAGAACUUGAAUUCUUCUAGACAGAUACCGAGUGGCAAUCUGGGUGUGUUUGGCAAUAGCGGAGCAGCGCAAGCCAGGACCAUGCAGCCGCCGCCGCAGCCACCAGUGCAGCCUCUUAACUCCUCCCAGCCCAGUCUCCGUGCUCAAGUGCCUCAGUUUCUAUCCCCUCAGGUUCAAGCACAGCUUUUGCAGUUUGCAGCAAAAAACAUUGGUCUCAACCCUGCACUAUUAACCUCGCCAAUUAAUCCUCAGCAUAUGACGAUGUUGAACCAGCUCUAUCAGCUGCAGCUGGCAUACCAACGUUUACAAAUCCAGCAGCAGAUGUUACAGGCCCAGCGUAAUGUUUCCGGACCCAUGAGACAACAGGAGCAGCAAGUUGCGCGCACAAUCACUAAUCUGCAGCAGCAGAUCCAGCAGCACCAGCGCCAGCUGGCCCAGGCCCUGCUCGUGAAGCAGCCGCCACCGCCGCCGCCACCGCCGCACCUGUCUCUGCACCCCUCUGCAGGCAAAUCGGCCAUGGACAGCUUCCCCCCGCACCCCCAGGCUCCCGGCCUACCUGACCUGCAGACCAAAGAUCAGCAGUCUUCGCCCAACACCUUUGCUCCUUACCCUCUCGCUGGACUGAACCCAAACAUGAAUGUCAACAGCAUAGACAUGACCGGUGGUUUGUCGGUGAAGGACCCGUCUCAGUCCCAGUCCCGCCUCCCUCAGUGGACACACCCCAACUCCAUGGAUAACUUGUCCAGUGCUGCUUCUCCCCUGGAUCAGAACCCUGGCAAGCACGGUGCUAUCCCUGGAGGUCUGAGCAUUGGGCCUCCAGGUAAGUCCUCCAUUGAUGACUCCUAUGGCCGGUACGAUUUAAUCCAGAACAGUGAGUCACCAGCCAGUCCUCCUGUAGCUGUUCCCCAUAGCUGGUCACGUGCCAAAUCUGACAGUGAUAAAAUCUCAAAUGGCUCCAGCAUCAACUGGCCCCCAGAAUUCCAUCCUGGAGUUCCAUGGAAAGGACUUCAGAAUAUCGAUCCCGAGAAUGACCCUGACGUCACUCCUGGCAGUGUCCCUACCGGGCCUACCAUCAACACCACCAUCCAGGAUGUCAACCGCUACCUCCUCAAGAGUGGAGGGUCCUCCCCACCGUCAUCUCAGAAUGCCACGCUGCCUUCCUCGAGUGCCUGGCCGCUCAGUGCCUCCGGCUACAGCAGCUCUUUCAGCAGCAUCGCAUCCGCGCCUAGCGUUGCAGGUAAACUGUCAGACAUUAAAUCAACGUGGUCCUCUGGCCCAGCCUCCCACACGCAAGCCUCUCUGUCUCAUGAACUGUGGAAGGUGCCCAGAAACACUACUGCACCCACGAGGCCACCCCCAGGGUUAACCAAUCCCAAGCCUUCCUCCACCUGGGGCGCCAGCCCCCUUGGCUGGACCAGCUCCUACUCCUCGGGUUCUGCGUGGAGCACCGACACCUCAGGAAGAACAAGCAGCUGGCUCGUUCUUCGAAACCUCACACCCCAGAUCGAUGGUUCUACACUGCGGACAUUGUGUUUGCAACACGGGCCUCUCAUCACAUUCCACCUGAAUCUGACUCAAGGCAACGCCGUGGUCCGGUACAGCUCCAAGGAGGAAGCUGCCAAGGCCCAGAAGUCUCUGCACAUGUGUGUCCUGGGAAACACUACCAUCCUGGCUGAGUUCGCUGGCGAAGAAGAGGUAAACCGCUUCCUAGCCCAAGGCCAAGCGCUGCCGCCCACCUCCAGCUGGCAGUCCAGCAGCGCCACCAGCCAGCCGCGGCUGGGCACCUCGGGCAGCUCCCACGGGCUGGUGCGCAGCGACGCCGGCCACUGGAGUGCCCCGUGCCUGGGUGGCAAGGGGGGCGGUGAGCUGCUGUGGGGCGGGGGGCCCCAGUACUCGAGCAGCCUGUGGGGCCCGCCCAGCGCCGACGACGGCAGGGUGAUCGGCAGCCCCACCCCGCUGACCACUCUGCUGCCUGGGGACCUGCUCAGCGGGGAGUCCCUCUAGGAGCCACAGUCACCCGCACAAGGAGAGCUGGCCCUUUCCAGCCGCGGUGCCGUGGACCUGCUGGCCUGCGCGGCGGCAGCCCCUUCGAGUACCUCUGUCCAGUUCUGAAGACGGACCUUGGCCGCGGCCCUUGUGAACUGUUGGCGCAACAGUGCGGGCUGCGUUCGGUCAGUGUCACAUGCUAACGACAGGAUGUUCCUCAUAGCUUUUUAUUUUGUGUGUCUUAUGUUUGUAUGGUGUGUUGUCAUUUUGAUUUUUUAAGUAUAAAAGCUGCUUAGAAUAGUUCUAUCAUGAAGGGCACUUUUCAGAUCGUGGGCUGGAAAGGGUUAUUUUAUCACGGGGGGAGGGAGGGAGGGGGACGUGAAGCCUAUUUAAAAUGAGCCUGUGACGAUUAUGCACAUUACCAGAGGCGGCCGGUGAGCGGGGCAGAGCCUGGUGCGGCCGGCAGGCGCGGGCUCCGCGGCGGGAGUCAGCGGAAGGCGCGGUCUGCGAUCUGCUCUCUGUUCGCCCGGAUCCGCCUAUGCACAUUACCCUUGUUUCAUUACUUUUUCAUGUCAUUUUUUUUAUCCCAAAAAAUAUUUUUUAAAAGUUAAAAAAAAAGACAUAUCAAACAUGCAAAUACUUGAAUCCAGCAGGCCAAUAAUGAAAUGUGAACACUUUCUAAGUCUAAUUCUACACUUCCAGGUUGACAUCAGUACACAGAAACAGGCUCUAGGAAAAUUUCUGAGUUCAUCGCCUAUGUGUGUGUGUGGAAACAGAACGCGUGUGUGCACGUGUGUAGUGCGUGCUUCCGCAUGGCACGCACCGUCUAUGUUCGUGUGUUUGAAGGCGUGUGAGGGAUCUAACUGUGGGUUUCCUUUUAUUCAGUAUAUGCUUUUCUUUGGCGCAUUGGUCAAACGUUUGUUAUCGUUAUUAGCUUCUAACUUUGCACUGAGUGUCCCUGCCCUCCCUCCAGCUAACCCUAGAUGUUAAAGAGAAUUCAUAGGACAGGGCCGGUGACAAUUCACGUGUAAAUGUUUACUCAAGGACUCUGUUACUGCGUCUAAAAAUUACAGUGUAUAUCUCUGGAGAAAUAAUAUGUAUACCUACCUUUAGCAGCUUUUUAUUGUGGACUAAUGCAAGAAAGUUAUUACCAGAGUAUUGCACCAUUUUUCCAUUUGGAAUAUAAAGUUAAAGAG